CCCCCACCGCAGCCGCCCCCACCCCCCUCACCUUCUCUCCCAGAUCGAGCGGCAGGUCAGGCGGCGGCCAGAUCCGCCGCGGUGCUUCAGGAUCAGCGCCGUCCUCACGCCAAGGAGGUCGGCUGCUUCUCCCCAGUCGCUCGCGCGCCAGGAGAGGAGGAGGUGGCUGCCGCUGCUUCCUCUCUCGGUUUGACGCCGCUCUUCCGCGUGAGGAGAACUUACCCCUGGAGGAGGUAUUCGAGAACCUGAGAUAAAUCUUCGCGCCCAACAAGCAAGCUACAGGAGAAGGAGGAGGUAUGGAAGGGGACGACGAGACCUCGGCAGUGGAGGCGGCGCUGGGGCUGAGCCCUCAGAUCUUCAUAAACGAGGUCAUCAACAUGAUCGACGACAUCGGUUUCCAGGCCUUCCAGUACUGCCUCCAGGAAGGCGCCUCCGUGGCCUUCGGCGAUGCCAAGGCGACCAGUAAGGCCGAGGAGCUGAAACGGGGAGUAACUGUAAUUUGGAACUUGGUAACGGAUGUCUUGAAUAAAAGAAUGAGCAAUUGGGAGACGUAUUGCCUUCUGCAAUGUUUAACUGUACCUGAAGGAUUUGUAGCGCCUGAAGAUGAUAAUUCCUCUGCAACGGUGUUGCAUAAAGAUGGGAGUUCUGAUUCGGAACUGGAUGCAGAACUUGAUUUUUUGAGAAAAAAACUGGCAGAUGCUAACAUGGAAUAUGAAGAACUUCAAAGAGAAAUUAUUUCCUUGGAAAGGCAAGCUACAUACAAGAGUAACCUUAAUUCCUCUAUCGCUGAAGUAAUGAAACCAUAUGAAGACAAAUCUGUUCAGGAGAACAUUCAAGCUUUUGUGAACGCGCUACCAGAAUUGCACGAGAAAAUGAAGGUUAUGAACAGGAAAAAGGCUGAGGCCAGGGUAGGUCAAAAUGUUUGGAAUGCCAAAUGUCUUAGAGACCUGAGGCGCAUAGCACCGGGUUCUAGUUCUACUCCUAGCACCGAGGACAUUCAAGAGGUGAACGCGGUUGUGAAAGGCUUGCGGAAGGAGUAAAUUGUGUCGUGGGCGUUUGCAAUAUGAGGAUAUCGACCACUCCGUGUACUGUCAAUUGCGCGCUGUAAUCUUGUCAAGCUACCCUCUCGCUAGCUACCUGAACUGCAGGUUUAUGAGAACAGCUGCAUAUACAUGUGUGCAUAAGUUAUUACUAUUACUAUA